AUGGCCAAAAAGUACUAUGCUGUGAAAGCUGGACGCAAGCCCGGCAUUUACAACUCCUUUGCUGAGUGCGACAAACAGACGGAAAGGUUUCCAGGGGCAGAAUGGAAGGGCUUCGAUGACUACGACAAGGCGCAGGAGUACAUGUCCUGGAUAGGCGAUGCUGGACUUUCGACUCGGAUGCUAGUUCAACUUGUACAGGACACCACGGCUGAUAUCCACCUGUUCAAAAUCAAUGUCGCUGUGAAAACUGACGCCUUGGAAGCCGCCUUGAAGAACUUGGAAGUGACCCAGAGAGACUUGGAAGCGGCCCAGAGAGACUUGGAAGCGGCCCAGAACCAGUUGCAAGAGGCAGAGCUGGACUUACGGGUGGCCCAGAAGAAGAUCCAGGCUGCUAAUUCCCAGAAAAACGGCGGCCAGAUGUUCUUUGUUUGCGAAAACCUCAUCUUCGACCAGGAACGAGAGGCCAUGAGAAGUGCUGCUCAGAAAUUUCUACCCAUUGAGUCAUUUCUGAGCCUCGAAGAAGCUAUUGGGUAUGUGGAAGAAGAAACUGACUAUGCUCUCGUCUUUCCUCCAGAACAACGAGGUCUACACUAUUCCAACUCAGAUGGAGACAUUAUCAAUCAGAUUUUCACUGACGGCGCGUGCUCUAGGAACGGACAGAAAGACGCUGUUGCUGGGUUUGGACUCUAUCUCGGAGAGAACCAUAAGGAAAACCUCUCCGGGCGUGUUUAUGGGUCGCCUCAGACCAACCAGAGAGCUGAGCUAACGGCAAUUCUUCACGCGUAUUGCAUUUGCGCAUCUAAGCUCUCAGAUGGCCGACUUUACGAGAUUUACACCGACUCAAGCUAUGCCAUCGACUGUCUCACCAAGUGGCACAUUGCGUGGGAACGAAACGGCUGGCGGAACCGGGGCGGGGAACCAGUGGCUAACCAGGACGUGAUCAAGCGUAUCCUGACAUUGAAGGCUGAAAGCACCAAUUGCAUUGGUUUGAAAAAGGUAGAGGCCCAUGGUUCUAGUGAAGGAAACAAGCAGGCAGAUCGGCUUGCAAGGCAAGGUGUCACUGCUAAGAAUCUAUUUGAAAACAUUCCUAAUUGGUUUUUGAACAGGUAA